UGUCCUGUCUGGGCCAAAAUCCUUUCAGGGACCAUUUUCCUUCUUUUAUAAAUUCCAUUAGAUCAAGUCUCUGGCUUGUGUGCUCUAUCAGUUUCUGAUUUUAAUUGUCCAUUUCUUUUAUACUUCUGGUGGUGAAAUUUUGCUGAGUAUACAACCCUAGACUGGCUAUGCUGCCAUCUGCUACCAAUGAUGGGAAGACAUCCUUCACAGGCUCCAUUUGCUGACACUCCCGGGGCUGCCUUUGAUCUGUGUCCUGUCUAGUGCUGCACACUGACAAAGGGCGGAGGUGCCAGCCCAGGUGACUCACACCGAGGCCCACCGGGCUGCCUCCCAGGCCUGCUCCAUGCAGGGAAGCCUCUCUCAGUUGCUCCAGCCAGCUGCAAAAUUCUCUCACGCCCCAGGGCCCACAUCCACCAGAUGUUGGAGGACAGCGGGCAGUCCUGGUCCAACCCGACCCGACCCAAGGAGGGUGGGGGUGGCACCCUCAGCAGCCUCGGGCCAGUCCCCUUAACUCCUGGUUUCACACUGCCCCUAGCUUUCUGCAAGUGGCACCUAUGCUGAUAUGUUAUAUCUUAGAAGUUGUGUUGGGAAGCUGAGUUGCAUCCUUUCUUUCAACAGAUAGAAGGAGAAAAGAAUUUCAAGGCAUAGUUCAGAUCCCAUGGUUCUAGAAGUCUGAAGCAACAGACAGCACCAGUACCUUUUCAUCUGUGGACAAAUGCCGUUGGAGGCCAUAAGCCACAAGGAUGUUAAGUUUGCCAACAUCCUGCAUGCAGUGGGGGAAUUUGGCAAAUUCCAACAGAGGCUUGUAGUUCUCAUCAUCAUUCCAGGCAUCCUAUUGGGUUUCAUGUAUGCUGAGUACUUUGUGUUCACAGACCAGGAGCACUACUGCAACACCAGCUGGAUUCUGGCAGUGGGCCCCAACCUCUCAGAGGCUGAGCAGCUGAAUCUGACCCUGCCUCAAACACGCAAUGGCAGUUUCCUGACAUGUGUCAUGUACUUGCCUGUGCCUUGGGAUUUGGAUUCUAUCAUCCAAUUUGGCCUCAACAACACUACUACAUGCCAAGAUGGGUGGAUCUACCCUAACUCCAAAACUCGAUCAUUAAUCAAUGAGUUUGACCUGGUGUGCAGCCACAACCCAAAUGACGAAAGCCUGAGGGGCAUAUCCAUGGCUGGUUUCCUGACAGGGUCUCUCAUCUUUGGCUUCUUAAAUGACAUGCUGGGCCGUUACCCUGCUAUCCUGACGUCGCUCUUGGAGCUGACCAUCUUCAACUUUGGAACAGCUUUUGUGAGCAGUCUUCACCAGUAUUUUUUCUUCCGCUUCCUUGUCUCCCAGGCAGUGAUGGGUUACACAAUCAGCAGUGUGUGUUUAGCCACUGAAUGGCUAGUGGGCAAGCACCGGGCCCAUGCUAUCUUCCUGGAGCACUGCCUUAUCUCCGUGGGUGUCCUGUUCCUGAUGGGACUCAGCUACAGCCUUCCCCACUGGCGGCUGCUGUUCCUGGUGGGUGGGGCACCUAUGUUCCUGUUCAUCUUUUACAUCUGUAUUGUUCCAGAGUCCCCACGGUGGCUGAUGAUGAAAAUGAAGGUGGAAGAAGCCAGACAGGUGCUGUGCUGUGCAGCCAGUGUGAACAAGAGGACCAUUCCUUACAGCCUGCUGAAUCAGCUGCAACUGUAUGGAAAGAUGGUGACUGAGGCAUCUGUCCUGGAUUUUUUCUACAAUAGGCACCUCCGCAAGGUGAUCUUGAUGAUGAACUGUGUAUGGUUUACUGUCAGUUACAUCUAUUUUACACUGACCCUUAAAAUGAGAGGCUUUGGAAUGGACCUUCACUUCAGGAAGGCCAUGUCUAGCAUCAUGAAGGUACCUGUUCGGCUGUGCUACCUUGUAAUCCUUGAGUACAAAGGGACGAAGUGGAGCCUGAUUGUGACUCUCACCCAAACCACCAUCAUGUGCAUCCUCCUUUUGCUCUUCCAAGACACACAGCUGGACUCCACCAUAAUGUUGAUGCUCGUGCUUGGAGAGUCCAGCCUGGCUGUCACUAUCACUGUCCUGUUCAUCUAUACUGCUGAGCUCCUCCCCACCGUCCUCAGGGCUAAAGGCCUGGGGCUGGCAAUUCUAGCCUCAUCAGGUGGAGCUGUGUCAUCUGAAACAAUGAUCCACCAGUUCCUGUCCCUCCAGCCAAUCGUUCUUUGCUGCAUCUUGUCCUGUAUGGCCUUGUACUUCUCCCUCCUGCUGCCAGAAACACAAGACCAGCCCCUCUCAGACAGUCUGGAGCAAUUCUCAGAAGCUAGCUUCCAGAGAAAAGUAAGCCAGAUCAUUGAAGAUAUCUCCAGAAAAAGGAACUAUGAUACCAAGAAGAUGGCAAUGGCUGAAGAUUCAACAUGUGGUGAUGUGUCUGAGGAAGCAGCAAGGAAUGCAAUAAUCAAUGCUCAGAUUUCAAGAUUGGAUGCAGAUAAUCUCAUUAACACUGCUUGGAGAAGUUCACAGCUAAGAAAACUCACAACCAGGGUCCUGGAGGGCUAGGCCCCCAGACCAAUGUGGGUUACAGCUGAGUGGCUGGAUAUGUUUGUAAAUUCUAGGCCCUGUCUGAAGCAACUCCUCAAGAUCUGAAAAUGAUCCCUCUCAGGAUGCUAGGCUGUGAUUCAUUCUAAUAAAGAUAUCAUGUUGCUCUGACGAGGACUUGGUCAAGCUUGGAAGUGUCAGGAGAACCCAGAGGCCCUGUCCUGGAAUAAGGAGGUUACAGAUGCCCUUAAAUUCCCCAGUGUCUUUGGCUAAGCUCUUGCAGGAAUUGAGGAACACUCUGCAUGGAGUGGGGAUUGGGUGGGCAAUGUCUCUAGGGCCAGAGGCAGAGCAGACAUUGGACACCACACUGAGAUUUGAGUUCAAGCACAGGCCAAGAACAGAUUUCAAAGCCCCACUUCAUACACUAUUCAGGACAAAGUGAGUUAUAAAGAAAUAGAACUUCUACUUGUUCCACUACACAGACUUGUCUAUUGUUGUUGUCUUUUUUUUUUUCAUGUUUCAAUUAAGCAUGAUCUCUAGAGCUACUCUCCUCAGUCCUCAUCCUAGGGGAUGCUUUCUUCAUGGCUCCUGCCUAGGUGACCUCUGACCUCCAUCACCCUGAGAGUAAGUCUGCACAACCCCA